UCUCAACUCGAACAGCUUCAAGUCCUGUCAUUUUCCGUUUGUGUCGUUCAACUAGAAUAAGUUAAAAGUGCUUUUCCUCUCAAAAUCAUUUAAAAAGAAUGGACUCCGACGCCCAGGACUCCCUGCUCCAGUUCGUGUGGGACCGGGUGGCGGCCGUGUUCGAAGAGUGCGAGCGUACGCACGGCCUGCUGGAGGCACUUCCGGCCCGCACACCGGACCGGCUGCGCUUCGUGGCCUCCGUCGUGGAACGGGUCGGUGCGAUGGGCCGGCUGGCGGAGCGCGUUCCCGGCGGGAAGGACUGCUUCCGGGCGGCCGAAAUGAGGAUGGAAGGCAACAAAUUUAUGCGCUCGUCCGGUCCUCGCGACCUGCUGGCCGCGGCCGAAGCGUACAAUCGUGCGCUGGCGUACGCUCCGGAGGACAGCGGUGAGCUGCGCAAGGCGUACAGCAACCGGUCGGCCGUUUGUUACGCGUUGCGCGAGUAUCGGCUUUGUCUGGACAACAUCGAGGCUGCGUUGCGGAUUAAGGCGCCUGCGCCGGAUCCGGCGCUGGAGGAGAAACUGCGCACCAAGCAGCUGGCCUGCCGGAAGUUGCUUGCCGACGAGAGGGUUUGUCAUCAGUUUGAGCAGUUUUGCUAUGCAAAGCUGAGUUACGGGCCGAACGUGACGAAUUCGAGGGUGGUUGAAGGGGUUGUGGAGUCUGGGGGGCAGCUGGUGGCCAGGCAGGAUUUCGUCGUUGGGGACGUACUGAUGAUUGACGAGCCGUACGUGACGGUUAUUGACGGGAAGGAUCGUUACACGCGCUGCCAUCACUGUCUGCGGGAUCGAUUUCUGGAGUUGCGACCCUGUCCGGACUGCGUGGUGGCCAUGUUCUGCUCGAAGCAGUGUGCCCAGCAAGCGCACCAGCGCUACCAUCGCUUGGAGUGUCCCGUGCUGCACCGGCUGUUUGAGAUUUACCACAUUGCGACGCUUGUUCCGUUGCGAAUCGUCUGCACCGCGAUCGACACGUUCGGUGAUGACCUGGACCGUCUUGAAGAGCACAUCCAGAAGAUCGACCCCGACUUCAACCCAUUCCAGCUGAACUGGAACAAAGUAACCCGUGAACAACUGUACUACGCCAUGCAUGUUCUGCCCACCAACGAGUCCCAACGCGCCCCAAUGUUGAACCUCUUCCUCGCCACGGAAUCGAUCGUAGUUACGGAAAUCAUGUUCCGGCACUCACCGAAACUCCGCCAGCUGGCCAACACCGAAGCCAAGCAGGAUCUGAUCCGCCAGCUUGUCUACCACCACACGAUGACCUCGGCCUUCUCGGCACGCCACAUCAACCAGGACAACGGAUUGGGAAGCUACCCCCUUCUGGCCGCGGCCAACCACAGCUGCAUCCCCAACACCAUCCGAGUCGUGCUGCCCGGCGGCAAGAACGCCCUCGUAACCUACAGACCCAUCCAGACCGGUGACCAAAUCUUGAUCAGCAAGGGAGUCCUCUUCACCAAACACGCCAAGCAGUUCCGCCAGGAUCGCCUCAACUCGCUCUUCCAAAUCCAGUGCCGCUGUGAGGCUUGCACCUUCGACUACCCGCCGGUUUGGCUCGAUCACUCCGAUUGUCCCCUCGAACCCGCCGACCAGACCCAACUCAACCAGAUCGAGCGACUCCUCGAUCGUGCCAAACCACCGGCAGUGACCUGUCACGCCGUUCGGACCGCCCUCGAAGCCGUCGUGCUGUUGAUGCGCAAGUACGUGCCGCUGGUGCCGACGCGCAAUCUGCGCCAGCUGACGGAGCUGUUCAGCCGGUGCCACGUGCUGCUGUUUCAUGGGGUGCCGGCGAGGCAGCGGUACGCGCAGCAGGGAUUGUGUUGAGAUUGAGAAUUGA